CCUAAUGAAGAGGCUGGAGGAGGAGGUCAAGAUCAACUCCUACAUGGUGUCUGAGAAGCUCCCCAAGGAGCUGGAGGCCAUGAGGCGCUCGGUGCAGUACCUCCAGAAGAUAUCGUCAGAGCCCGCCAUGGGCCAGGCCGACCUGCAGGAGCUGGAGGACAAGAUUAAAGAAGCCGACUCUCAGAUCAAUCAGCUGAUAGAGAAGAGGAUGAUGAGGAGUGACCCCAUGGACGACAAACUGACGCUCUACAGGCAGCAGGCGUCCAUCAUCAUGCGGAGGAAGGAGUCGAAGGCGGAGGAGCUGCAGGAGGCGAGGGAGGAGCUGGCGUCUGCAGAGAGAGACCUGAGGGGGAGGAGCCAGGCUCAGGACUCUGAGGGGGGGGAGAUCAUCCGGACAGACGAGGUACUCUGCCCUUUUAAAGGUUACUUUACUAAUGCAUUAUAGACAUAGACAGUGCUAC